UACUCUAGAAACUAAUCUGUCGAAACGGGGUGUUGUUGGAUGAACUUCUGCAGUUAUGCAUUUACGUAAUUUGGAGUUUUGAAGUCUGUCUUUAGUUAGUUGUGUGUCGGUUUUGCCUAUUGAAGUUUCUAUAUGGUUUCGGCUGCUGCUUAUGUUAUCCACGACUUUGUAUGUGAUUUUUCGCCUUGCGAAAUUCUUAUGUUCUGUAAAUGGCUCGUUGGCUGUCUCUGAAAGCUAAUGUAAUGGGGGUAUAUCUUAUCAGCUAUUUGUCUCGAAUAUUUGCUACUCGACAUUUUUCCUUCGGGUGAAUCGACAUUCUAUUUUAGAUAGGAUAGAAUCGUUUUCAUUAAAAUGAAUCUCAAAUUGCCUAGAGUGAGAAGAUUUCACAAUGAAUGAACUCUUAGUGGAUAUUAACCCUUUGAUUAUCUAUCGAAAUGGAUGACGGUGUCAAAGCUGAUUAAGGAAAAGUAUUAGUGUGUGCGAUUUAUAUUUCGAACACAUGAAUUUGCUGCGUCCUUUGGGCUCGUGUUGUCAUUUUGUUUUUUUUCUCACCGUUGUCUUUCUUUGGCUGUUGUUUGCAGUUAGAGCUGGAUAAAAAAAAGAGGAAUAAUGGUGGCGAAAGAUUAUCAGAAAAUCAAAGGAUCGGGUAAAUCCGAGGUGGGAGAAAUCGACACGAGUGCACCGUUCCAAUCUGUCAAAGCUGCUGUCAGUUUAUUCGGCGAAAGUGCAUUCUCCGGCGAAAAGCCUGCCAUUAGGAAGCAAAAGCCACAGUCCGCAGAACGCGUGCUGGCAAAAGAGACAGAGCUUCACUUAGCCCAGAAAGAGUUGAAUAAGUUUAACAAACAGUUAGAGAAUGCCGAGACGACUAAAUCUCAAGCUCUUUCGGAGCUCGAAAAAGCUAAACGAACGGUCGAGGAUUUGACUCAGAAGCUGAAAAUUAUUAACGAAUCAAAAGAUUCGGCUAUUAAGGCUACAGAAGCUGCUAAGCAUCAGGCGAAGCAAUUUUCAGACAAUGAAUCUUUGUUGGAUUUUGAAACUUCGAGGGUUCAGUAUGCAGCUGCAGUCGCCGAACUCGAUUUGGCAAAACAAGAACUACGAAGAAUUCGUCUGGAAUAUGACGCAUCUAUCGAAGAAAAAGACUCAGCUGCAAAAAGAGCAGCCGAAGCCGAGAGCGCUGACGUGGCGAACACGGCGAGAGCUGCUGAGCUGUCGAAAGAAAUUGCCAGCGUGCACGACUCGAUUCAGCAGGCGAAGCUCGAAAUUGUGCAGGCGAAAGAAGAGGAGACGAGGGUUUGCUCGGAAAAGGAUAAGCAGAAGCUGCUGUGUAAAGCAAAGCUCGAAGAGUUGGCGAAGAAAUUGGUUGAUUUCAAGAAAGGUAUGGACCCUGAGGGAAUCAAGAAUCUAGAGGGUCAACUAGGCGAGACCUUGUCUGAAAUCGAAGCUCUACGGAAUCAAAUGGAAAACACGAGGGUUUCCGAUCUCGAUUCUGUCAAGGCUGUCACUACGGAUUUGAACGGGGCUAAAGAAUCGUUAAACAAAGUGGCCGAAGAGGAGAGCUCGUUGAGAAAUCUCGUCGAGACACUUAAAUUGGAAUUGGACGAAAUCAAGAAAAGCCAUUCCGAAUUAAAGGAUAAGGAAGCAGAAACGGAGUCGUUAGCAGGUAAUCUUAAUGCGAAGCUCCUAAAAAGCAAAUCCGAGCUCGAGGCGGCGCUUUCUGAGGAAGCUAAAAUCAGAGGCGCGUCCCGGAUGAAAUGAUUGCUU